AUGUCGAAACUGGGAGGGGCAACAGCAAGAGUUGUCAAAGGUCUCGCACGUGUCAAACAAACCAAAGCUGCUUUAACAUUGACCCCGGAAGCUAUCAGCAGAGUACGUUUUCUACUUGACCAAUCAAACGAGGCUAUAGCUUUAAAGAUUGGUGUGAGGCAGAAAGGAUGUAAUGGCUUAACCUAUACAUUAGAUUAUGCCACUGAUAAGGCUAAAUUUGAUGAAGAAGUUGAGCAGGACGGCAUAAAAAUUUGGAUUGAGCCCAAAGCUCAACUCAGUCUUCUGGGUACCGAAAUGGACUAUGUACAAAGCAAGCUUAGUAGUGAAUUCGUGUUCCGCAAUCCCAAUAUCAAAGGAACGUGUGGCUGUGGCGAAUCCUUUAGCAUAUGA